ACCCUUGGGGUUUUCUUGGGGUGGGGGUGGGGGGUGUUUUUCCAUUUCCUUAUUGGCACAUCUGUGACUUUCCAUCCUUUGCUGUUUCAUGAGGGAUGCUAUCUCCUCUUGUCUUUUCACAGCCCAAAGGCGCCGAGGCAAAACCGGUCCUCAUCAAAGAUGUGGAAGAGGAGGAAUUGGACCAGGCAACCUUCAACAUUUGCAAAAAGCUAAUGAGGCCUGUAAAAAAUUCCUUGAGGCAGCUGGAUAAGCCAGAAAGUGGACUUUCAGACCAUGACCUGCUGGAGCAAACUCGCAAUUCUCUUCUCAACAUAGGAGACCACAUAGCGGAUUGUUUGAAAAUCCACAGUGAACCAGAUGUUCUUGACAUAUGGAGAAGGAAUCUAUGGGUAUUCGUCUCGAAGUUUAUCGAAUUUAACACCCAGAAAUUACACAAGUUAUACAAGAUGGCUAGCCAAAAGCGAGCCCGGGAACAGGAGGAACAGAAGAAGAAGGAAGAGACAACGAGUGGCAAGUGGCUUCGUCCAGAAACUCCUGGGCCCAGUCGAGAUAUUCCACUGCUUCCUUUCCCCCAAAGCCCGCAUUCACAAAAUCUGCAGCAACCAUCUCCCCAGCCUUCACAGAUUCAUGGACAUGAAUUCAUGAAUACCACCAGCCAAAUAGAAGGGACUUUGGCCAUACAGCUAAGGAAAAGCACCCAUCGACCUGAGUGA